AUGUCGAAACAAAAACCUUCAUCGGCGAAAGCGCUAUACAGGGCCGCCGCCAGCGCACGCUUCCUGGCAGAGGACUUGCCACACGUGGAUGAGAUUAUCCGGGGUGUGGACGAUGUUGGGAAGGUGCUGGAUGGGGUGCUGGGAAGACUUUUGGAUGGGGGUGGGAAGGAGGGUGCGGAGAGGGAGGUUGUGGAGAGGUGUGGGAGGACUUUGGAUGCGGUGGUUGGGGUUGUAGACCUUUUUCUUGGGGAGGAGGGGGGGUAUUAGGGGGGUUGGGGUUGUGGUGGAAGAGGGUGUGGGAGAGGAGUUUGGGGGAUGUGGUUUGGUUGGUUUUCGUUACGCUAUGUUGGGGGUGUUUGGAGUCCGAGAUUUGAUGUGAUGGAAUUCGGGGAGGGGAGGCAAUGGGUAAUGACUGAACGAGGCGGGGAAGGGGGGGUUCAAUGUGCUCUGCUGGAUUGUGCUGUAUUAUAUUUAUGAUAACGAUCACUUCUCAGAUUUAUAUGAUACGAGUUAUGCAGCUUCUUCUUGCGGUAGAUCACAUGAAUUUUGUCUAUGGGUGGGGGAUUCAUCCCGUGCCCCACUAUAUCUAAUCAAUCCUCUUGAACCUGAUUCUUAAUGACUCCAUCAAGGGUGUAAUCAUCAUCUAGACCAUCCCUUCCACAGCCACAGCCCUUAGAGUACUUCCGGCGGGGUACACCUACAGGCUACAGCAACUAAAACCUAACUUCAACCACAAUUUACCCCAGCAGCUCCUUCACUCACCCAACCAACCAUCCAUCCUCACGUCAUUUACCCCCUCCUCACAUACAUACAACCCUCAGACCCUAUCCACACCCCAAAAUAGAGACAUCAUGAACCACCAUUACCCUCCGCACCACCCCCCAUCCCCGCAACCUCCUCCUCAACCCUCCUCAAAAUCCCAACACACCUCUCCAACGCCUUCUCAAUCCUCUCCGGUUCCGGCCGCAUCUUCAGUAACUUUGCCGAGAGCGCGCUCAGUACCCCUAGCAUGCUCCGCACGGCUUCAAUCUUCUCCAGGGCCUCGGGUACCUGCGGGCGUUCUGAGAGGGUGCGCAGGAGGGAGUUGGCGAGGGACCUGCCGGUGGCUAUGGACUGGCGGAGGGUGGUGGUGGUGGUUGGUUGGUUUUGCAUUAUGGGUGAUUAUCGUUCGCUCUGCUUUAGCUGUUAACAGUGGAUGUUUGGUUGUGGGGGUUUCGGUUGGGGUUGGGGAGGGGAG